AGAGAGAGAUAAAUAAAAUAACCUGGAAAAUAACCUGGAAACAACCUCAUGGAAACCAAGAAACUUAAAGAAAAGCUAUAUGAAAUCGAGACCCAAAACUGUAGAGAGGAAGAUGAAACAGACCUUGUAGAGUCUUCACCUAAGAAAAGGAAGAGAAUGCAAUCUGUGAACAAGAAAGAGACGGUUUCGAAAAGGCAAAGUCUCAAAUCUAAGGAUAAACAAGUGUCUUCUAGUAAUUCCAAGAAAUCGGGAAGAAGUAAAGGAAAGAGAUCCAGGUUUAGUGAUAUAUAUGAGGAUGUUGAAGCUAAAUUUUCUGUUAUGGAGCGAGCCGAAAGGGUUUUGGCAAGAUUAGAAAAUGAUUCCCCUAGCUUUGGGAAGUGUAUGCUCCCAUCAAAUGUUGCUCAUGGAUUUUGGCUGCAUCUUCCCAAGAUCUUUUGCAGCCAUCAUUUGCCAAAUCAUGAUGCUACUGUUGUUUUGGUAGAUGAAUGGGAAAAUGAAUAUGAAACAUCAUAUCUUCUGUAUAGACAUGGUCUGAGUGCCGGCUGGAGAGGGUUUUCCGUAUCUCACAGACUACUCAAAGGAGAUAUUUUGAUUUUCCAUUUGAUUGAACCAUGCAAGUUAAAGGUACAAAUUGUAAGGGUUAAUGAUACAGACGUUGUGGAAGCUGCACUUUGCCUCUUGAACAUGGAUGCUUGCCGAAAUGGGAUGGAUUGUGAUAUCGUGAAGAAAGACAAUAAGAAGCGCAAAAAAGUAAAGUAUGUGGAGCCUUUUCUGCCUGAAACUUCUACACCUGUAGAUACCAUUCAUGGUAAAGGCAAAAAUGCACCAAAUUCCAGACUUGACCAAUCUUUAAGUAAUAGUGAUGGUUUUCGCUCCAAAGUUCUUCAAGGUUCGGAAAUCACCAACCGCCUUCUGCCAAAAGAGUACUGCUACUCGGAAACACCAUUUCUACCUGACCAUCCUCACAAGGGUGUCACUUGUAGGUAGGCUCCUUAAGAUUUUUUGGCUUUUGGCACUCCCUGUCUCGGGGCUCUGCACCUUUCACUGCUAGUUUUUUUCUUGCCCCGAAAAGACAUUUGUUGGACAGACAAAGACUUGAAAGCUUUGGAGUUUGAUAUUACAUCCUGGGGAAGGUAUUGAAAAUACAAAUGAAAGCUUUUUAGUGUAGCACCUGACAGAAAACCUCAAUCUACGGAUAUGUAAACCAGCAUGUUUUUGUGAAUUUACUGGUACCUCUGUGUAUGUUACAGAUUUCAAAUGAGAAUUUUUACAAGAAUCCUAUAGUCAACUGCCAAUCAGAAAUGUGAAUUACGUGAGAUCUUUCUGAGGAUU